AUGAACUCUCUUUAUACUUUUUAUACACCAGUCUUUCCUCUUCUUGUAAAGCCAAUAAUUCUUUUUCAGUUGCGUUCUUUGUUGCUUUGGCUCUUUCAUAUUGUGGAGGUAAUGAUGAACAAGAUUAGUCGACAUAAAGACCAUAUCCACAAAGAAUAUGGUCAAGAAAGCAUCAGCGAUGAAAAAUUCAAAGAGUUCUUUAUGGCUGAAGAACACAAGAAAAGAGCCAAAGCAACAAAGAACGCAACAGAAAAAGAAUUAUUGGCUUUACAAGAAGAGGAAAGACUGGUGUUCAAAAACCAAAAAGAUAUGAUCCAAGACAACAACACAUUUAAAUUUAAUCGACAGACUGUUGAAAAGAUCAUUAAAUAUUUUUGUCAUGGUAGUGGAUCGGAUCGUUUCUACAGCGCUGGGUGUAUCAAGAAAAAUGACUUGUCUGAAGUUGGCCCACAAGAAUGGACAAUUAAAUCACGGUAUUAUUGUAUUUGGAAGGUAUUUCCAUUUUUGAAUGAUUACUUUAAGGAUUCCAAUAUAUGGAAGGUACUAGAGAAUCUCAAGCCCAAAUCCGUGGGAAAAGAUUGGAUGCCAUCACUUUUGGAGGGUGUGACAAAUGAUGUACAACCAUCUAAAUCAAAUGAUUAA